AAGUCGGUUUUUUUUCUUUUUGCUUGUUCUGUAUUGCCAACGCAGCAUCAAUUAGCAGUUACAUUAUAAACCCUGGAGCUGGGAAGUGGCUCCUCGCGAGCAGAUACGGACGGGGAGACGUCUAAACGGCGCCUUAUUCAGAAUCUAGGGCCACUUAUGAAAUAGGUUACGAAAUACUGUCUAUAAUGUGCACUACAUAUCAGGCAGAGGUACAUUUGGGACAUGGCUACGGUGCAGAUUAGUGGUAUCGGCCCAUGAGAAUAAUUCUGGCUCAUUAGAAAGCACUGUAGUGGAAGCAGAAGCAGCAGCUGCGGUUGCCGCUCGCUGGAUGCACCCUGUCUCUCAGAGCGAGGUUGUUUUUUCUCCUUUCACACUGGCAGUGCUGUUAGGAUUAGUGUUUGGGGGCCGGCGGACGUGUUUACCUGCAGCAGGACGGGACUCGGCCCUGACGACCAGCGUCGCGUCUCCUCCCGGAGCAUGGUGAGAGAGCACGGGUCACCAUGGAGCUGCACGAUAAGAUGCAGGAGGAAGGAGUGACUCCGCUGGGUCUGACCACGGCCCAGGCUUUAGGAACACUCCGGGAUCAGCUCUCCAGCCUAGUGGAGCAGCAUCAGAAGCUCAGCCAGCGUAGAUCCACCAUCCAGGAGCUGUGGGCGAGGUGUUUCCUCCACCAUAAUGACCGUCACUCCUGCUUCCAUUGGCCUGGAGCUGCUUUCACGUUGCUUGUGGUGUUGGGUUUGCUGUGUUGCUAUGGCAAGCAGCCAAAGGGCAGUGAAGGCAUAGAAUUGGUGAAUGCAGGAGCGCUCUUUCUCCUGCUGCUGCUCAACCUCAUCCUUAUUGGACGUCAGCAGAGACUGAAGAAGAGCGAGAUGUUGCGGCGACUGAAAUCCAUCAUUUCAGAUCUGAAUGCUCACUUGGAAGGGAGUGGAGGACAGCCAAUCAGAUGGGCCUCUUCUCGAUACCCUGACUUGUACACACCUUCCUCACCGUCCUGGUCUCUGCACUGGACAUACCGUGACGAGCAGUUGGUUAACCUGCCCGUCAGUCUGUUGGUGGAGGGUGAUGUGAUUGCUCUCAGGCCAGGCCAAGAAGCAUUCGUCUCUCUUAGAGGCAUUAAGGAUGAUGAACACAUUGUUCUGGAGCCCGGAGAUCUGUUUCCACCAUUCUCCCCUCCUCCCUCCCCUCGAGGAAAUAACAGAAAGGGACCACACAGCCCCCAGCAGCACCGCCUUUUCAGGGUGGUACGCACACCCAUUCUUGACAAUAUCAGGAACAGUCUUGAUCUCGCUCUCUCUCGACCAGUCACAGCUCUCGAUAAUGAACGCUUCACGGUGCAGUCCCUUAUAGCGAAGUUUGCCUGCCCUGCUGUGCUGGUGGCAUUUUUUACUGUGAAUACAAUCCGCUAUUUUUGUGGCACUCCUGGUCUAACGCCAGGGCAAUUCAACUUCUUUCAGCUGCAGAUGAUGGGAGUGCUGCCCAUUCUACCUCUGCUGUUUCCUGUCAUGUGGGUCCUGGUCAUCGCUUAUGGAGAGGCACGAGUAUUAGCAGAAUUCAGCCGCAACUCUCCAACAGGCCUGCUGGCUAAGUUCUCUGAGGACACUCUAAGCAGCUACACGGAAGUGGUGUCCUCCCAGGAGAUGCUGCGCUGUGUGUGGAGUCACUUGGUAGGUGUUCUCAAAGGAGAGUCUGAGACGUUGUGUUAUACCUCAAGCCUGCUGCGCAACCUGGGUUCAGUCACAGUACUAUGCUGUGUGGAUAAGCAGGGUGUACUGUCCUGGCCCAACCCUAGUCCAGAGACAGUCCUGUUCUUCAGCGGGCGUGUUGAGCCACCCCACGACAGCCAGGACGAUCUCAGAGACGACCUGUCUGUUAACUCCUUGUGUCGUACAGAAGGAGAGGACGACAGAGAUGAGGCUCAGGAAGGUGAGGCUCUCCUCAACGUACAUGCCUGUGAACCUAUCCUACAUCUAGUUAAUGAGCAGGAGUCCAGUGAGGUGUCACACGAUACAGUCCGCUCCUGUGAUGUGCACCGCACACGUCGAGGUCCUCAGACCACACGCUCCAAACACCCGUCAGGCUCCAAUGUCAGCUUCAGCCAUGACACUGAGGGGGGAGAGGAGACAAGCGCUCAGUUGUGUGUUGUUGGUGAUGAUCUGUGCGAGGCAGACGAUUUUGUGUGUGACUAUCAUCUGGAGAUGCUGAGCUUGUCUCAGGACCAGCAGAACCCUGUCAGUAUUCAGUUUGACGACUCGGGCUGGCAGGGCCACCUGUCCUCCCUGAAGCCUCUAGGACUGAACAUCAUGCUGAACCUGUGCAACGCUCCGGUCACGCAGCAGCUCUGCCGAUUCUCCGACCACCUGUCCAACUUGGCGCUGCAGGAGAGUCAUGGCGCAGUGCUCCCUGUGCAUGUUCCCUGGGGCCUCUGCGAGCUAUCUCGCCUCAUAGGUUUUACUCCUGGAGCACGAGAGCUCUUUAACCAGGAGAACCAUUUGGCUUUGUACCAGCUGCCUAAUGGAGACAAGGCCAGUGAGUCAUGCACGCGCCGCGUUCACCAUGUCACCAAACGCCAGCCACCUAUCAGUCAUCUGAUCAGCCUGCUAGUGCGAGACAGCACAACCAACAAUGUACAGAUGCUCUCCCACGGCUCAGCUGACCUCAUCCUGGAGGCCUGCACUGACUUCUGGGACGGAACAGACAUCUACCCGCUUUCCGGCUCUGACAGGAAGAAGGUUCUGGAUUUCUACCAGCGUGCGUGCCUGUCAGGUUACUGUUCUGCAUUUGCAUAUAAGCCCAUGCAGGUGGCGCUGUCAAGUCAGCUAAAUGGGAAGUGUGUGGAGCUGGCGCCUGGCCCAGCACUCUUCCACGGAGUGGAGCUGCCCAGCACCACGCCUAUCAAACACAGCGGCCGCCGCAACAGCUGGAGCUCAGAUGAGGGCAUAGGAGAGGGCUUGGAGAAGGAGGACUGUGUUCAGGCCCUGAGCGGGCAGAUUUUCAUGGGCAUGGUGUCGUCACAGUUCCAGGCUCGCUUGGACACGGUGCGGCUCAUUGAGAACCUGGUGGGAGCCUGCAUCCGAUUUGUCUACUUCUCCAGGGAGGAUGAGCUGCGCAGCAAGGUGUUUGCAGAGAAGAUGGGUUUGGAAACAGGCUGGAACUGUCACAUCUCUCUGACCCCUAAUGGAGAUGGCCAUGGUGAUGGAGCUCCCUCUAGCCCUAGCCAGGCAGGCUCGCUACAUGAUGAUCUGCUGCCUGAUUCCCGGGAUGAUGCUGAGGGCCCGUUACUUGCUGAGGAUGAAGGCCAGUCAGAUCUUGCCAGCUUCCAGGCAACAGAGAGCGAUGUGCCCAGCUUCCUCGCUGACGGCAAUAGAGCCAAGCUGCCUCGUGGCAUCCAUCAGGUCCGCCCUCACCUGAAGAACAUUGACAAUGUGCCACUGCUUGUGCCCCUUUUCACUGACUGCACUCCUGAAACCAUGUGUGAGAUGAUGAAGAUUAUGCAGGAGAAUAGAGAGGUAACAUGCUGUUUGGGGAGCUCAGCUAACUUCCGUAACAGCUGCCUGUUUAUACAGAGUGACCUCAGUAUCUCUCUCGACCCACUGUACCCGUCUCGGUGCUCAUGGGAGACGUUUGGCUAUGCGUCUGGCAGUGUUGUGAAUGAGGAGAUGGAGGAACUGACCCCGAUGCGGCUUAGUGCUCGUCUCAACAGCCUCAGCUGCUCCGUCUCCUUACACCAGGGAGAAAGCUUCAGCCUGGUCAAGCUUAUAGAGCAGGCCAGGCAUACCACAUAUGGCAUUCGCAAGUGCUUCCUCUUCCUGCUGCAGUGCCAGCUCACACUGGUCAUCAUUCAGUUCUUGGCUUGUCUUACUCAGCUUCCACCUCCACUAAACAUAACAGACAUUUUGUGGCUCUCCUGCUUCUGUUAUCCACUGCUGAGUGUGUCCUUCUUGGGGAAGCCACCAGACAGCUCCGUGAUGACAGUGGCUACUGGGAAAAAUCUGGAUGACAUCCCUCGUAAGACCCAGCAGUACUUCCUGGGUUGGUUCCUGCUCAAGUUUGGUCUGACGGUGUGUGUUUACCUGCUGGGAUUCGGAUUCUCCCUGCAGACAGUGUUGGCUAAAGCUGUUAAUGACAGCAGUGUUAACUGUACCCACAUCUUUACUGCUUGCUCAUCUGAAAAGUGGUUUUGUGAGUUAUCUAACGGUCUGCUGCUCAUCCAGAAGGUCAUGGCAGGCUUCCUGGCUCUGCAUACUGUGGUUAUUUCUCUCAGCUAUGUGCACCGUUCUCAGCCACUGUGGAGGAAGAAUCCUUUCAGCAACACAUGGUGGUGUCUCACCGUGCCUCUUGUGCUGUUGGGUCAGGUGGUGCAGGCUAUAAUAGAUUAUAAUUUAUGGCAAGACAGAAGUAGUGUCAAGACAGGUCUGGACUUUACAUUAAGCCUUGUGCCCAUGGAGGUGUGGCUGCUGGUGUCGCUGUCCACUGUGCUGGUGGUGCUGAUCAACGAAGCUGUCAAACUGCACGAGAUCAGGGUGCGUGUGCGUUACCAGAAGAGGCAGAAGCUCCAGUUUGAGACGAAGCUGGGAAUGAACUCUCCUUUCUGAGCUGCUGUAACACAAGUCUUUUUUGCUGUAAGAUCACUGUUCCCAUCGAUGAGCAGUGGAGUGAGAGGAAUUGUUUUUUUUUGUUUUUUUCCUCAGUGCCUCACUCUAACACUAACACAGAAACUCUCAUCCAGCAUCACUUCAAGCCAACAGAAUACUGAGACAGCAUCUAUUCUCCAUCACUAGCUUCCAUGUAAAAAAUUUUCUUUACCUCUUAUGGUAUGAGUUAUGUGUAUGCAUGCUCCCUCUGGUUUGGAUAGGAGAAAACUGUAGUGGCAUAUAAAAGUGGAUGAGUUUAGUACAAUUGGGGUUACAAAAAUGACAGGAUGAUUACAGAUGGACAGUCUGCUUACCUAGUAAUGUAACGGUAUGCAAGACGAGUAUGGAAGUUUGAUAAGGCACAUUAUGUUUUGACUCAGAUUUUAAGUAUAAGCUAAUGAAAUAUAGGACUUUGGAUGAUUUUUCUCAGUGUUACAGGUAGUGUGUGGAAAGCAGAAGGAACAUGCUGUUUUAUCUUCUUUAUAUUGCUGUACAUUUCUUACACACCUCGUUAGAUUCUUCACUCUAUUUCCUAUGAAUUGCCAUGCAUCACCAAAUACUGAGGAAUCUUUUACAUAGAUUUGAAUGUCAGUGUCUUUGUACAUCCUUCCAAAUACCUCAUGUCUAAAGCUUGCCACAGAGAUAGUUUUGCACUUACACCAACUCUAAUGAGUUUCUUAAUAUCAAAGAAGGCGUGCUUAUCAAGCGACACUGUAAGAAUGGAACUGCUUUUAACGAAUGCUCUGACUUGAUAUGUGUCAGCCAAAAUAAGAGCCAAAAUUUUGCUUACUCGUACAUCCUUUGAUCAGAUGGAUCACUAUAUCAAAUUGAUUAUCUAAAAUUCUGACCUGUAACCGUUUCUUUUGUUUCCACAGAGAGCUAUCUUAUAUGACAAUUUUCAGUCUUGCCAUAGCUUAUACUGGUGUAAUUGAGUUUAUGGCUGUUCUACCUCUUGCUGAUUGCCUCAAUAAUAUUCUACAUCAUCAGCGGCUGAGUGAUCAAAGUCAAGGUUUUGAGCUAGUGAUCAGAAGACUGUGCGGAAGAUCAAAUCUAAUGCUCUCCAGAGAACCACUUCUGGGCUUCUUGAGCAAGGUUCUGAAUCCUCACGUGAAAGUCACGUUGGCUAAACGCAUCUGCCAAAUGAACACAUGUAAAUAUAAAUGUUUAAAUCAGAAUACAGGGGGUUUUACUGAUCAAUAUGUGAUGAUCAAUAUGCUUUAUUUAAAAGACCAGCAUUUCUCCUUCCUUAGAGGUAGUGUUCUGUUUAAGGCCAAGCAAAAUCUCACUGUGGCUUUAAUGCCUGUGUGGCCACUAAAACAUUGCUUCAGUUUGCCUGUAUCACUUUCUUCCAUCUAAGCCAUUUUGCCUACGUGUACUUCUAAUCUUCCAUGUACUUCUCCUCUCUCUGAACUUCAUAUAGUAGAAGCUCUUCAUGCCUGUUAGCUCUUUUUCAUAUCUAUUAAGCUACCUUUACUAUAGAUAUAUUGUGAGUACUUAUUCCUUAUGAUUAUACAUGACUCCAUCCUGCUAGUCUUAACCAGUCUUAAUAGUUCCUGCAUCUAGUUUAUUUAUUUAUUUAUUUAUUUUACGACGCACACAUGUCUGUAUAUUUUUACGGAUAGUGCAUUAUACUUAAGCAGGCCUUUUUUCCACACAGUUGCUGUGUCUCUGAAGAGAUGAUAUGUGCAGAUCAUCAUGACUUGUUUCUUCACUCUACUCUUUUCAACUUGUAGGCAGAUCUUCAAGUUCAUACACAGAAUGUAUUCAAACUGUGUUUGUCCUCCUGCUAUGUUUCCACCUCAGGGCAGUUUGAAACGUGUGUGUAAGCAUCUGUGUAUCAGACAGGGGAGUGAUAUCAAACAGGUAUUAACUGAGCGAGUUUUUAACUGCUGCUUUAGUGCUGGUAUGGAAAUAAUGGAAGAUGACAUGUUGGAGUAAUCAGCAGAGAAGUUUUUUUUUGUUGUUUUUUUUUUUUUUUUUGCACUGAUCAAUUCUUUACAUUAUUAUAUGUCCUCAGCUUGUGUAAUGGAGCAUGAUUGCACAACUUUUUGUACAGUUAUGGAAUAUUGUCCCUUUUUUUAAAAAAAUGUUAUGAAUAUAUGUACAUUUAAUUUUUGCUGACAUAUAUGCAUGAUUAAGACAUUCACAAAUGCAAAGGUUAAACUUUUUGUUGGAUCUUGCAUGCACUGGAGAUGUUGCUGGGGCUUCCAUCAUUCAUAUCAGCCUUAGCCAUGUUUUUGGAAAUAUGCCCAGUCUCUCUAAUGUACAGAUAUUUGUGCACAUAAUAAUAACAGAGUGAACAGACUUAAAAACCUGUACUGGUUGGUGCCAGCUACUCAUGAAAAGAUUUGCUACUUGUGAAUGUUCAAAAAGUUUAUAAAUGUACAUUUUCUAUUUUGAAGAUGUCAUUGAUUUUUAUUUUUUUGCCUAUUGAUUUGUGAUCUUUUAAUAAAUAUCUUCAUUUAAAAAAAA